AUGGCCGCCAAACCCUCGGCGGCCGCGUUCAACAUCGACCCAAGAGAGGUCGUGGCGGUUGAACACCCCAUGAUCAUCAAGAAUCUCGAUAAUGCGCUCAAGACAUUUGGCACUAACCGGCCAUUUGAACGAAUGAUUGAAUCUGAUGACAUUGAGGAGUGCGUUCCUCUAUAUCUUCGGCGAAAUGACCCGAUGUGUGUGCCGGUAUUGUCAUACCACAGCUUCACAAACAAUGUCCUUCUGAAGAUCACCGUCCCACGACGAACAGGCAGGAAAAGGAAACGUGGUUCUCAAGAUCCAUACGUCGGCCAUUCAGGGGAACACGCAAGUUCCAGCCGGGAUGAUGUGUCUGCCCAGACAAACAUACGAUCCUUAUCGCGAAUGGAUGCCCCCUCCACACUUUCGCAGAGUCUCAGGGACAACAUAGGCAGCUAUAAAAUCGAGCCGGUGGCUCAAAUCAAACAAACCCAUCGGUUUCGAGGCCUUGCCGAUUUUCAUCACUCGACCGACAACACAACCUUCUUACCCCAUUUUCAGGAGACAGCUCUUACAGGUCAAGUUGAUAAAAUCCGUCAAUUUGCGCUGAAACCGGAGAGAGGCUGGAGGAAAAAUGACGAGUUUAUGCCACCUCCCGCAAUGUCGAGUCAGUCGCUGCCCUUUAACUGGGGCUGGCAUCAAAAUCCUCACGUGCAGCCUGAAAUUGAUGAAACGACGGGCAAGGAAGUUCUGAGAAAUCGAUCCAAAGCUAAGAAGGCUAUGGUGGACUAUCUGGCUUAUGAUGCAGCGUCGAUUCCGCAUACCCAUCCAUAUGGGAUGCCCGAGGAUGCGGACCUACAAGCCCUCGUUGGCGAAAUAGAAGCAGUGAUGGAAGAGCGCCCUAUAUGGACACGAAGGGCGUUGACAAACAGAGUUGCAAAUUCGCCCUUUCUCUAUCAGAUUAGACAUGCUUUCCGAUAUGUUGGCUAUCAGUUCAGGGGAGGCCCCUGGCGCGAUGCCAUCAUAAAAUUUGGGGUUGAUCCUCGGAGCGAUAAGAAGUACCGCAGCUACCAAACCAUGUUUUUUAAGCUCUUCGACGAAGAGGAGAAACACACGGGAAGGGUGUGGCAUGAUGUCCGCACCGGCUACUCUGUAUCCAAGAGGAACGCGCACGACAAAAUCAACCAAACCACCCAUCUCUUUGAUGGAAAGUCCCUCACCCUCGAUGGCAAGAUAUUCCAAGUUUGUGAUGUUACAGAUCCUUUACUCGCCCAACUUAUGAGAGAUGCGCCAUACUCGGAUACUUGCGAUCCCCGCUCUGAUGGGUGGUUCGUAAAUGGGGCUUGGGCCAAGAUCAAAGCCAUCAUGAGAACCAAAUUGACAGCUGUGAGGCUGGGAAAGGAGGUCCCUGACGACGCUUUUAAGAUUUCCUUAUCGAUGCCUGAUAUUGUGCCGGGCAGAAAUAGUCGGAAACUUCAUAUACCUGUACCAGAUAUUGGGAUUACGGAGGAGGAGAUGAAGGAGCUGAAGGGCCGAAGUGGCCUGAGUAUCACGCAAAGAAGCAUCAAAAAGAGAAACAACAAGCAAAAGAAGCGCUCGGAGCGUAUUCGACCCAAAAUUUCGAAUAAGGAUUACCAGCCACGAGGGGAAUAUCAAGUAAAGACUGAGAGAUAUAUUGAGCGGAUGAACUCGGUUACCCCCGACGAACGAGCGCGAGUGGCUCUUGAGCAACUGAAACGUACGGGUGUGUUGGGCGAGAAAGGGGUGGUGUCUGUCGCCGGGAAAGCUGACAAGAAGCUCGAUGAAGCGGCUGGGGAGGACAUUGGAAGUGAUCUAGAUGCGGAUGGGGAUGGAGAUGAUGUUGGCGAUUCGGAGAUGUCCAGCGAUAGCCGCGAAGACGACGAGGAUGAGGAGGAUGAGGAGGAUGACGAGGAGAGCGAUGGCGAUGCUGAUUGA